UUUGUGUUUCGAUCAGUGAACACGGUUUUUUGCUUUGGUGCGUUUUCGGAUGCUCAAAAGUGACGAUUUGACGGAGAAUAUAGCGAUUCAGGAUGUACAACUACGCAAGCGCGUACGCAGCAGCCUUUUCGGAAAGUUACAAAAAGGCGUGUGACUCGAAUCCCAUGACGGCAGGCGGCGGGCAGCACUACGGCACCUGCGGUCCCUACGGUUCUGCCACCGUCCGAGGACGGUGUCCGCACACGGCUCGUGUCGACGGGAGCGAGAAUCCAUGGGGAGGUGACACCCGCCCAAGAUCACGGAAUGCCGGUCAGCUCAUGACUGGCUCCCGGUGGGUGUCCCCAAGUGGAUAUGUCCAUCGCCAGAUUGAUUCCGCUAAGGAUGAGCGGAAUCUCAAGCCACCCUUACAAGGCCCUCAAGCUAGAAAGGCGUGCAACUCGGAUCCCUCGGCGGGAGGCAGCGGGCAGCGCUACGACAACUGCGGUCCCCGUUCUGCCACCGUCCAAGGACUGUGUCCGCACUCGGCUCGUGUCGAGAGCGGGAAUCCACGGGGAGGUGACACCCGCCCAAGAUCACGGAAUGCCGGUCAGCCCAUGACUGGCUCCCAGCGGGUGUCCCCAAGUGGAUAUGUCCAUCGCCAGAUUGAUUCCGCUAAGGAUGAGCGGAAUCUCAAGCCACCCUUACAAGGCCCUCAAGCUAGGAGGCUUUCCCCCCUUCGGCGUCUUCCUCAACGCAACAAGGUUCGACCUCUGAACAUCGACGGUCUCUUGUUGACGUCAGAGGCACGCCCACCCUGCCCCAGUGACUCGGCCCGCAGCUACGCCAUGUUCAAUGCCUCUUCGCAAAUCUCCAAUACCACCCAGAGAUCAGGCAACUUGGUCGUAGCCGGGCAGUCCCGUAAGCUGGCGAACAUCACCAGCGACAGGACGAGCUCGAGUCACCCAGAAGACGACAUUGACAGGCCGCCGUCUGUCGUCGUAGGACAGGCAUUUGUCCCGACAACAUCAAGGUCCAAGCGAACGUGGAAAACGAGACUUCGAUCUCUCUUUGCUCCUCGGAGUCGUGGGACCAAGACCACCGUUCAGCCUUUCGUUACACCACAAGGGCAAUCGGAAGGUCAAGUCAGCCGACCUAGGUCACUCGAAGAAGACCACAGUGACCCAGGUCAAGUCAACCGACCCAGGUCACUCAAAGAAGACCACAGUGACCCAGGUCAAGUCAGUCAACCUAGGUCACUGAAAGAAGACCACAGUGACCCAGGUCAAGUCAGUCGACCGAGGUCACUCAAAGAAGACCACAGUGACCCAGGUCAAGUCAGUCAACCUAGGUCACUGAAAGAAGACCACAGUGACCCAGGUCAAGUCAGUCGACCGAGGUCACUCAAAGAAGACCACAGUGACCCAGGUCAAGUCAGUCGACCUAUGCCACUCAAAGAAGACCACAGUGACCCAGGUCAAGUCAACCGAUCUAGGUCACUCAAAGAAGACCACAGUGACCCAGGUCACCAGAGCCACACCAGCGCUCUGAUGAAGAAUCGAGAAGCGAAGGGAUUUGGAGGAGAUGCAUUAAGUAUAAAGAUGCAUCAUCGGCAAUGCAGCGCUGCCAUGGCAACAAGACCAGCCUCGUACAGCAACCAGCCCCUCCCGAUCCCAGGAACACCUCAAUUUGACUGGGACCGUCUCCAGUCAAGCUCCCACCCUGCUCCAAGAAGUGACAAUCUGAUCACAUCACAGAAGCAGAAGGAGGUUACGAGCCUCGUCGCCAACUACGGUGACGGGUCACUCCCAGCUUCAACUCCUAGGAAUGCUUCCUUUCGCAAUUCCUCGGUUUGCAACUUGCCUUCAUUUCCAUCUCAGAGGCAAGGAGCAAAGAUGCGGGAUAAGAUAUCAUCAGAUGAGGAAGUAGCAAUCCCUAAUGCAGAUCCUCUGACGUCGAUCUCACGUGGUGAUGGCAAGCCUCACGAAGAGGGAAGAGAAAGUGGAGACCAUGGUGGUGGUUGGGAAUCGAUCUCAAUUCCAGUGUCUCCAUCUCCAUCUCAUCAAUCUGUCUCCUCCACAUCCAGGAAUUCCUCUCCGUCUCAGAAUGUAGGAUCAGAGACGGAUGUUGAAGACUUCAUCUACAAUGUUGAUGGAGAAAGCUCAUCGGUAUCAUCUAUGAGCGAUUCUUCAUGGGCAAUGCCAAAUUCAGAAGCUGAUGUGGAUGUUGACUCUUUUGAUGAGGAGACAAUUGCAGACAAAAGCAGACAAAGGUUUACAAAAUUACCACCGCUUCGUCAGCAGCGACUCGCUCUCAAGAUAGCCCCGGCAUUUGCUUUAAAAACAUCUUAUCCGGAGGACUUUGCUCAUUGGCUGACGGUUGUGCUAAGUUGUAUUGAGCGAAGGGAUGUGAUGCGACGGAUGCAACUUGCUUCCAACUACAAGACACCGUUCACAAGAAAGGAGGCUUGGGAAAUUCAUGCCAACGCCGCAAAAGCCAAAGACAUAAUGCGUCAAUUGAACCAAAUCAUCUCAUUAUCGACGAAGGACGAAGAGUCGAGUAUUGAGAGUUUGCAAUUAGCCUCUCCUGCAAAUCCUGUCAAGAAAGACUCGGAAAUCGAGGGGGACAGAAGAACAUCAAAUGCAACACCACAGUUCCCGAAGGACGCCUGGAGUUCUAGAGAGGUAGCAUCUUCAAAAGAUUCCGAAUCGUCUGCAUCCAUAACUGCAAAGACAAAGUUCGAAACUACUUUGAAGGAACACAAAGAAAAAGUUGAAAAGAGCGACUCAGAUCAAGAAGAGGUAACGCCAGCUGAAUGUCCAGAGUCUUCAAUUUCAAAGCUCUCUGAGAUGAUGUCUACUGAAAGUAAACCAUGGGAUGUUGUCAACAAGGCAUCCCCAUGUGCACAUCUACCCACAAUCUCGAAGAAGUCAUCUUCGAAUGACGCAUCAAGAGCAGCGUCCCAUGCUCAGAAGGACAUCUUAAGUCUCGCAGAGGCCGCUUCUGAAAAUGGCGCAGAAUAUACUUCAUCUAUAAAUGCACAGAAAUACAUAGUGUAUGCCCAAACAGAAAUGGAAGAAACUCCAAGAAAACCCCAAAAGACUGAGAAGAGCGACUCAGAUCGACCAUCUGGAAGUCCAGUGUCUUUACUGCCAAAACUUUCUAAUAAGACUCCCACUUCAGCUUCAUUAGGAAAAGUUGUCAACAAGGCAUCAUUUGAAGAAAAUUACCAUUCGCCACAACGGAAAAUCUCGAAGAAUUCGUCAUUGAAGGAUGCGGCUACAACUGAUAACACAUCAAGCACAGCUAAUGCUUCUUCUACGAACCCUCAAGUAACACAAAGUCCUCAGGAAGGACUACCAGAACUCACAGCCUAUCCCUCAAUCGAUCCUAGCGAGUUGGAGUUCAUUAUGUCUGACAACGGAAAAGAAGUGGCGCUUGGGUCGGGUUCUUGUGGUGGAGUCCUACUGAUGCGUCAUAAAGGAGACAACACCCUCCUUGCUGUCAAGGUGCUGGUUAAAAACUUCUCUUUCUUGCAGCACGAGGUGGCAGCCAUGCAUGCGGUGAGAAACUGUCUCUUCUUCCCCAAAUUUGUAGGAGUCAUCGACUACUGCUCUUACGCCCAAGAGCUCGUAGGCGGUGUUGGCAGAAACACGGCUUACGACUUCCGCAAGGCGCUGCACGACGAUCUCUUGAACGCGUUAGAGUGGCUACACGUCUGCCGUGAUGUCACGAAGGGACUCAAGGCUUUGCAUACUGCUGGCUGGCUUCACUGCGACCUACACUGCGGCAAUGCUAUGGUGUGUCCCAAUCCACCAGGCUCUGAUGUGGCUUGGCGCGGCAAGAUCAUCGACCUGGGAAACGCCCUGCAGAUUUCGAAUCCAGGCCCAGUCACGAUCCUUGAUGAUGAGCAACAGAAGAAGCUCUACGAACUUGCCAAGCAGUGUGCCCCCGAGAUUCUGGAAGGCAGAGACACAUUCACCGAGAAGUCCGACAUCUACAGUCUCGGCAAUCUCUUCGUGGAUGUAGCCAGUGACGCAAACAUCCCCCACGGUCUCCGUCUGCUAGGCGAGUUCUGCAUGAGACGAAGUUCUGAUGCUCGCCCAACACUGGAUGCCAUCUCGGGGAAACUAGACGAUUUCAUCUCGGAGAUGAUGCAGGCUGAGCAACAGCCUUCCAGCCCGUCUCCUAUUCCUCCUUCCUCAUCCUCUCCUUCUCCUAAUCUUCGUUGCCAUCUCAUCGCGGAGACGGUGCAGGCUCAGCAGCAGCCUUCUAGCCCGUCUCCUAUUCCUCCUUCCCCAUCAUCUCCUUCUCCUAAAAUGCGUUGCCGUCUUUGUUAGUUUAUCAAAUCCGAAAUCGCACAGAAAGAGUAGAGAAGACCGGCCGCGUCCUAAUCGGA